UACUUAACAUGAUAUUGCGACUUCCGGUCUGGGAUGGAAGUCAGUGAGCCUCCGGACGAGGAGGUAAACCACCCAAUAAUCAGAAUCAAUCUUUCUGCGAGCUUCGAGGACGAUUCUCAUUUUCAAGACAAUCCAGACAUUAUCGCCGAAUCAAGCAAUGUCACAUUGAUCGCCUUUAAAGGCGUCAUAAUGAUCGGCAUUAUCGUCAGCGCUUUAUUAGGCAACGCCUUGGUGAUCGCAAGUGUCAGGAGACACCGGAAGUUACGAGUGCCCACCAAUCGUUACGUAGUGUCCUUGGCAAUGGCAGAUUUUCUAGUGGCAGUGUGUGCUAUGACAUUCAACGCUUCCGUCGAGCUUUUCGGGGGCAAAUGGCUGCUAGGAAGCAUUAUGUGCGACGUGUGGAAUUCGAUGGAUGUAUAUUUUAGCACCGCCAGCAUCCUUCAUCUUUGUUGUAUUAGCGUCGAUAGAUAUUACGCGAUAGUCAGACCGCUUGAGUAUCCGGCCAUUAUGAGAACUGUGACAGUUACUGCUAUGCUAAGCAGCGCUUGGAUAUUACCGGCCCUUAUCAGCUUCAUACCCAUCUUCAUGGGCUGGUAUACUACACAGCAGCACUUGGAUUUCCGCCGGAAAAAUCCGCAGGUAGCAAAAUCCAGAGCGAUAAUUUAAUUUCAGAGUUUAAAAGUAGAUUUAUUCUGAUUCCGCAAAUUUAUUUUUAAUUUUGAUAAUAAUUGACACACACACAC